AUGGCGGCGAACUUCCCAACUUCCGCUCUAGAAUACGAACUUUACGAGCGGAUUAAAUGCGAGGUUUUGGAAGAUCUAAGAGACUGGCUUGUACCAAAGCUAAGAACGGACAAAAUAAUCACUUACCUGAGGUCAAAACGUGUGUUUGAUUUGGAUGACCAAGAGCUUAUUAACGCACAAACAACAACAAGAAGGAGCAACAGCAUGUUGUUGGAUUUUGUUAUUGAAAGAGGAUCUACAGCUUUUGAUCAGUUUUGUCAUGCUAUCAGAGAGAAUUGCACCGGUCAAGCACAUGUCCUGGAAAAAAUCCUCAUUGAAUUUGAGAGAAGGAAACAAGAACAAAGUAAGCCGUAAACAAUACCUAAAUACAACACAGCACAACAACAGCCUUCCUUCAGCUGAAGCAGCUGUUGUGAGCCGAAGUAGUAAUCCGAGUUGUCAGAUGGCUGAUAACCUAGUUAAUAUCAAGAACUGGAAUUGUAAGCGAAGUCGUAAGCUAAGUAGAAGUCACAAGAAUUAGAAUGCUUCAUAUUUUCUUGCGACUUCACUUAUGAGUCUGUCGCUUUUUGAGAAUAAGAUUGCGUGAGGCAAAAGUUUUUAGUCAUUGUGAUUGGUUUACUCCUUGUUCUAGGUCAUGAGUGAUGGGUUCACAAGCUGAAAUAAAUUUUUUUUUCAGUCAAAUAUUUUUCUCUGCACAUCAGGUUAAUGGGAGAUUGCUAACCCUAACCCUAACCCUAACCCAACCCCCACCCCCCCGGCUCUUUUCCCAGCUUAAGUUGCUGCAAUCAUGACGGAAAGCUGUUUUAAAAGGAAGUUCUAAAUCUGACAGAGGGGAUCCAUGUCCGUUAGUCCACUUAGAUUGGGACACACUUAAUUAGCAAGUUGGGCCAAGGGAUGUUCAUUUGCCACUGGGUACUUGCUCCCAGGCUGCUGUGUCAGCAAGGCGAGGGUCAAGAUAUUUGGACUACUGAUCAUAACAUCUUUCAACAUACCAGGCCCUGGUUAUUAGUUACAGUGUUUUGCUUUUAAUUACAGAAACUUGCUUGGACUCAUACAAGGUAUUUUUUUCUAUUUUUUGAUGCAAUUUAAUAAUAAAAAUCAAUUUCCAUUCUACAGUUCCCAAAGAUUCACCUCCUUCCAACUUUAACAGCAUUUCUAAUCCUUCGGAGGACCCAAAGCUUCUUGUGGUAACUGGCAUACCUGGCACAGAUGAAGUGGAUCUGAAUAAUUUGCCAGGACCCGGGGACCCUGGUGCACCAGUGCCACCUGAUGAGAUUGACAAUAAUCCAGCUCAAGGUAGUUUGCCUUUGAAUUUUUCAGUUGACAUGCACUUUUAG